AUGCUGGUUAACACCCUCUAUCGAUUAACUUUCAUCUUCAAAGAACAAAACAUGCCACCACCUCGUUUUACUGGUCAUCAUCCUCAUUUUCCUCAACAUCAUCAUGCAAAUCCGACUGGACAAACAUCGAACGCAGUUAAUUCAUCCAUCGUACCUAUUCAACCUGGUGAAAUCGGUUUCGAUGGGAAAAUGUUGCGUAAAGCAAUGGCUCGUAAAACAGUCGAUUAUAAUCCAUCCAUUAUACGUUAUCUUGAAAAUUCUAUUUGGCAACGAAAUAUAACCGAUGGACGAUCUUUACAGCCUGAUGUUCUCUAUAUUCCACAUCUUGUUCCACCUCAUGCUCUUCUAUCGGAUCCAGUUAAUUGUGUAAUGACGAAGUUUAUUCGACCAGCAACAAAUAAAGUUCGAUGUCCAAUCUUUUGUGUUUGUUGGACACCCGAUGGACGUCGUUUGAUAACAGGUGCAUCGAGCGGAGAAUUUACAUUAUGGAACGGACUAACAUUUAAUUUUGAAACUAUAUUACAAGCACACGAUUCUGCAGUACGUGCAAUGAUCUGGUCGAACAAUGAACAAUGGAUGUUAACGGGUGAUCAUAAUGGCUUUGUUAAAUAUUGGCAAUCCAAUAUGAAUAAUGUUAAAGUUUAUCAAGCACAUAAUGAUCCUGUUAGAGGUUUAACAUUUUCACCCAAUGAUACCAAAUUUGCUAGCUGUUCCGACGAUAGUUUUAUUCGUAUAUUUGAUUUCAUGACAGGCACUGAAGAACGUGAAUUACGAGGGCAUGGAUCUGAUGUUAAAUGUGUUGAUUGGCAUCCACAUAAGGGUAUACUUGUUUCUGGUAGCAAAGAUUCUCAACAACCAAUUAUUCUCUGGGAUCCAAAAAGUGGAAAGAAAUUAGCAACACUGCAUGCGCAUAAAAAUACAUGUAUGGCAGUGAAAUGGAAUCGUCAUAAUGGAAAUUGGCUAUUAUCUGCAUCCCGUGAUCAUUUUUGUAAAGUGUUUGAUAUAAGAAAUCUCAAAGAAGAACUACAAUGUUUUCGUGGGCACAAAAAAGAAGCAUGCACUUUGGCAUGGCAUCCCAUACAUGAACGACUUUUUUCGAGUGGAGGAUCAGAUGGUUCAAUUUAUUUCUGGCUUGUCGGAACGGGAAAAGAAUUAGCUGGUAUGGACGAUGCACACGAAGGUAUGAUAUGGGAUAUGUCAUGGCAUCCUCUUGGUCAUAUGCUUGUUAGUGGUUCAAAUGAUCAUACAACGCGUUUUUGGACACGUAAUCGAUCUGGUGAUACUGUACUUGAACGAAGUGAAGAAGGCUUAUUAAUGCAAGCCGCACGUCUUGAACAAUUACAUCGUGAAGAAUUAGAACAUGAACGUUCAAUAGAAAUGAAUAUGCCUGGCUUAGGUUUCGAAGGUGGUUUACUUGAACAAUUACAACAACAGCAACAACAAGAAGAAAUAAGCAAUCAACGUGAUGUUGGCAUACCUGGUCUAGAGUUUUCGAAUGAUGACGAAGAAAGUCGACGAAAACGUGCACCAUUUGCCAAACCUGUACCAAAGACAUUCGAAAAAGCAUGGCGUUCUGUUGAUGCAUUUGCAGCUGAUACAAAUAAUAGCAAUAGAAUCAAUCCACACGAAUCCAAUGAUCCAUAUUUUUCUCAACCAUCAGGAAAUUUUUCACAUGGAGCAUCAUCUAUGCAUGACGAUUAUUCUCGAAAUAAUGGACCAUCAGAUUUUGAUGCGCGUGGCGGUGGUGGUCCACCAAUGAAACGGCCACGUCAUGAUGUGUUGGUCGAUGGUCACUGGUCUAAUGCACCAACAGAUAGGCGAGGUAUCGGUUUUUCACCGAUGCCUCCUCAAGGAUCUCAUUGGCGACAGCAUACAAAUGAUAUGCCGACAAGUUCCAGCAAUAUAUUAGAUGAAACGCUAGGCGAAACGCUAACUGCUGCACAGCAAGGUGUUUCGCCAUUUUUUCAAAAUGCCACUGACGAAGAAUUACGAGGAUUCAAUCAAACGCUAAGAAUAAUUCAAAAAUGA